AGCAGUUCCAAGUUCAACUUGAAAAUUGUUGAAAGUUUCUGUCGCAUCGGAACUUUGGCCGCCCCUCUUGGCUUUCUUUCUCCUUUUUCCAGUCCAUCGCUUACUGCCUCACCGCUUCAGUUUCAAGGACAAGGACCAGGUGUUUCUGUGGCAAGGAAUCCGAGUUCUGCAGCAUUCCUUUGGAAGUGCGAUUCAGCGUUCCGCAGAGCUGAUCUAGCGCAGCACGUACAAUCGGCCGUGAUCAAUCAGCUGCGUCGCGAUUUCAAGGCAGCUUAUUUGAUCACAAGUUGCCAAAUGAAGAGAAUGCAGUUUGCUAAUGUGGACGACCAUGUAGUUGAUGCUCGAUAGAGGAUAGUGGAGUGCAGAUUGUAACUCUAACAAUAGUGGAAGCAAAUUCAGUUUAAGUUGACAGCUACACAGUCCAGACGGCCAGCAGCGAUGGCCUCUGGCGCCCGGCUUUGGCAAUGGUACAAUGCAAUGCUGAAGCGAAGACCAGUUCCAACUCAGAUGGUCACUUCAACGGUACUUUGGGGUGUCGGGGAUGCAGGCGCGCAGAACGUGGAGAGAUUGCAGCGGCAGGCGGAUCAGAAGAAGGGUCUGAUACAUGCUUCAAAGGAGCACGACGAGCGGGGUCUUGAUUAUAAGCGCAUGGCACUAGCUGGCCUGUUUGGCUUUGCUUUCGUUGGGCCCAUUGGCCAUUUCUGGUACCUCUACUUGGACAAGCUCGCCAUUCGUUACGUCCCCGCGGGGUGGAAGUUCAUCGCCACGAAAGUGUCGGCGGAUUGCCUCGGAUUUGCACCGCUGCAUUUAGUCGGAUACCUGACGUAUAUGGGUCUCGCCGAGGGGGAGAGUUGGCCGGUGGUGAAAGAGAACGUAAAGAAGGAUUUCUUGCCGGGGCUCGCAGUAGAUCUCAGCGUGUGGCCUGUGAUCCAGUCAGCCAACUUCGCUUUCACUCCGCAGAGGCACCACUUAAUGGUGGUAAAUCUGUUCAGCCUGUUAGACUCCACGUUCUUGUCGUGGUUCAUGCACCAAGGGGAGGCGGACUGGAAACGGAAGGUCAACGAGUUCGUCUUUGGGCCGUAUCGACAUCCUGGCCCUACGACACCAGAUGACUGAUCUCGGGGGACUGAUAGACUUGCUGAACUGAUUCGGGGGUCGUGAAUGAAAGCUGCCCACCGGUAAAAUUUUCAUAGCAUACGGGACGCUUGCGUGUGGCUAAAUCGAUAGACUGGUGGGAUUUGCAGAAUACAAAUUGUCGAAAUCGGCAAGAACUCUGUACAAUGUUUCUGAACGGGCACCCACACAAAGGAUGGAUGCUGACAUUCGAUCACUGACAAAUUUUGUAAGCUCGUCAUUUCGGCUAGCUUUACAUCAAAAAACGGCGCCGCGCUCGUUGAAGUGUUG